AUGGACGUAGAUGUGGUGGUUGUGAAAGACGAAGAGAGUCUCCAGAUUUCCCACCUCGUUGAUAAUAGAAUCCAAUCAGCAUCUUCUCCACUAAGCUUGGAAGACCCUAAAGUGCCUUCUACUACCUCGAGUAGAAAGUUUUAUUUAUUCAUGCGAUCAAGGUUGGGAUCGGAAGAGCUCACUUCCUUCAAUAAAAGGUUCAUGCGAACCUUCGGUAAAAGGUUGGGAUUGGAAGAGUUCACUUCCUUGAAGACGUGGCGAGCAACCUUCGCAGAAUUACUGGGCAUGGCCACCGCAUGUUUUGCAAUGGACGUGAUGGUCGUCGGUACCUUAGAGACCGAAAAAGAAUCACCAAGACUCUUAAUGUCUAUCCUCGCCGCCGUCAUAAUCACAAUUAUGCUCCUCACCACCUUCCCAAUCUCCGGUGGCCACCUCAACCCUGCCGUCUCCUUCUGCGCUGCACUUAUGGGCCUCAUCUCUGUGUCUCGAGCUGUCAUUUACAUAGUAGCCCAAUGCGCCGGUGCCGUGUUCGGCGCCUUGGCAUUCAAGGCCGUAGUCAGCAACCAAAUUGGGGAAAAGUACGCGCUUGGGGGCUGUCGCCUUGGUGUCAUCGUACAAGGCCCAGAAGGCCCAACCACUGUAGGCAUUGGAACGAGCCAAGGGCUUUGGCUUGAGAUCUUAUCCAUGUUCUUUGUCCUUUUUCCCGCCGGGAGUAUUAGAUUCAUUGGUGGCCCAGCCCUGGGCUGUGGGCCAGUCUUCAGUUUUUCAAUAGUCGGAAUCAUGGCGGGGCUGGCAAUAUAUGUGACAGUUGCGGUGACACAGGUAAAAGGGUACUCUGGUGCCGGGUUGAACCCUGCACGGUGUUUUGGACCAGCGAUUGUUAGAGGAGGACACAUGUGGGAUAGACAUUGGGUUUUCUGGGUGGGCCCAGCUAUUGCUUCUGUGGCGUUUUAUCUUUACACGAAGAUCAUACCAAGUGAGCAUUUCUACGCGAAUUGCAUUAGCCUGUGCCCACAGUCUAGAGUCUAG